GCCUGCAGUAUCCUGACAGAUACCAAACCACCUGUAUCCGCAUACCGACCUUCCAGUGAAACUAAACCAUGCUGGGACUAGAUUUCUCCAGAGGACCAGGACGAUAUCUAUCUCCGGUAUAAGAGUAGGAUGAGGAGGGUUGAAUGAAAACACAAGAAAUGGAUUGGUAGAGAGAGAGAGAGAGAGAGAGAGAGAGAGAGAGAGAGAGAGAGAGUCAACAGGAGGUGGAGUUGACUGAACCUGCUCAAGAUGUUCGCCAUGCACGAUAUUCUUGACCUUGCUGACCUUCAGUUCGAGGACAUAGCAGAGGCUGAUCUCUGUGACCUUCUGCGCUGCGGUGUGAGCGUGGACGAGGUGAAGAAGGAGGUGAAGAGGUCCAACUCACCUUUCCUCAUGGAGGAGGAGGAGUCCUACACUCAUAUAACCCUGAUCAACGGUGAAAGAAUCUGCUUGAAGGAGGACGGACGGAUGGAGGAGGACGAGGAUUCCAGGUUCUCCCCUGAGACGAACCAGGAUAUGGAUUUAAACUACGUGCUCCAGGCUGGUGUGGUUGAGAGGGUUGAUCCUGCUGAAUCCUCUGUAUCCUCCUCUGAUGGUCUAGAUACUACCCUAGACUGGAACGUUGAGUUAAGUACUCGACUAGAACCAAUAAAACCAGUGAAAUCUUAUAUUAAACCUCUUGCUACUAUCCUAGCUAGCCAGCUACCCCAGCCCGUCCUAGCAUCCUCUAGGAUAAGUGAGAAGGCGUUGAGUUUAAUAAAUCGACAAACUAACAUUAUUAUAACCUCAAGUCAAUUAAAUAUGAAAUCUAAAAAUGACAACAAUAAUAACACCAAUAACAACAACAACUCGUUGUUGAGGUCGGCCCUGACCGGAAAGUCCACCGUCGUGGUUACAGAAUCUAAACCUCAGGAGGUCAGAAAGGCCUUGUUAACUACUGUUAAAAGCGGAGGAGAGAAGCAGGUUGAGGACAUUUUUCUUCUUUCCCUUGAGGGCAAAGAAGCCAUCGCCAGUCUAAAGGAUGGAGCUAGUCAGUUGUUUCCCAACACCAGAGUAACCUCAGAACCAAGCACGGAAACCUCGAACCUCAUCUCUAUAGAGGUGGAUGUCUCGGGGAACCUAGUGCUUCAUAAAUCCAGCCUAGUCAGCAACCAGACCCAGGAGUCCAUUAGUCCCACCUACACCUCCUCUUCCAUCUCCAGCCAUAUGGCCAAGGUGAGAAAGUAUCAGCGAAGGGUGCGGGAGGAACCUAAGAAGGAAUGCAGACUGCUUCACUACUGUCAUAUCUGUAACAAGGGGUUUAAGGACAAGUACAGUGUUAAUGUACAUGUGAGAACUCAUACAGGAGAGAAACCGUUCACGUGUCAGGUUUGCGGGAAGAGCUUUAGACAGAAAGCUCAUCUAGCGAAACAUCAUCAAACCCACACUGUUAAAUCUAGUUUAGAAACCAGAUCUCCGGGUCAAACCUUGAUACAGCUCGGGGUUCAAGACGAGAGUAAUCAUUUAUAAAGGAUUAGUUUUUCUUCUUACCCAGACUAAGAACAGACAUGAUAUUUUUCCUCCGCAGACAAAGUUUAUUGGGUUGAUUGGUAUAGCAGGAGAAGGAUAUGUGCGGUGAGACGCUACUUACUCCAGAUAUAUGUUGAGACCGGUUUCUCCUAAACCUAACCAUCCUGAACCACACUCUCACAUAUAUACAUAUACAUCUACCCUUGACAUUUAGCUUCCGUACCAGUAUUUUGCAGUUACCUUCCCUAUACAUACACUGAGCAACUGUUACCAGAUUUAUUUUUUUAUAUGCAUGGGACAUGGAACUUAAGCUUAACUCAUUUUGAAUCUGACAUAAAAAGAUUGAAGUGAAAUUUUACACUUCUGAUAUUUUACUUUUGGUACUUUCUGUAAAAAUGUUUUUCUUGAUCGUUUCCCGUCAUGUUUGAUAAACGUCAUCGUAUUUGUAAACAAAGAAAUUUAUCAAGAAUGCUUUAUCAAUUCUCUAAAUCUUGAAAACAAAGUGAAUUUUAAAAUACUCUGUAAAACUAAACUUACCAUUAAAGUUUCGUAGAUUUUAUCUAUUUAUUUUGUGAAUUUAUUAUUGUUUGGAUUAGAUAUUAUCUGAACCUAUAACGGUGGUGUAUUUUUCGACCUACACAUAUCCGCCAUACUCCACUUCUGACCUACGCCAAAUCCGCUAUACUACACAUC